CUUGCGCACUCUAACAAUCUGUCUUAUUGACCACGCUCACAAGCCUCAGACUUUGAGAAAUCUAGCAGCUGCCUACAGCUCACACCCACACCACACUCACACUGGAGACAGAGAAGCGAAGUUGAUAGAGAAGACAAAAAUGGUGAUGAAACUUUCUUGAUGGUUUUUGCUUCACCUUCAUAUGAAACAGAAGGUAAUCCUGACAAAUCUAUAAACUCUCUUUUCUCUGACAGUCACUUAUCUGCUAGUCUUUGGCUUCAUACAUUUCUUCAAUUGGUAGAUCUCUCAAAUCCCAUUUCGCAUUAGCUUCGAGAUCUGAAAAUAAACAAGUCAAAUAAAAAAGAAUCUCUUCUUUUUCAAUCCCAAUAUCUAAAAACCAUAGGUCUUUGACCAUUUCUUCAUUCUUAGGCGAUUUGGCUAUCUGGGUACUUUUGUUUUCUGCUAGAUAGUAGAUUUGGGUGGUUUUAGCUUAAGCUUCUGGUUCCAAAAAAUGUUGGGUCGGUCCUCAUUUUCCAGAACUGGAAGCUUUAGGCCUGAGAAUUUGGGCCCAAAUGCCCUUGCCUUGAUUGGAAACCUUUGCUUCACGUUUUUUGUGCUCGGAGUGUUGAUCUUCACCAUUAUUGCCGCCACCUAUGAACCUGAAGACCCUUUGUUUCACCCAUCAACCAAGAUCACCACUUUCCUCACAUCCAAAUCCAAUGCCACUUUCAAAUCCGAUGACACUGUGGUCAGGACUGGUGAGAAUUUCAUGGCUCCCAAUCAAACUGAAUUUGCAACCUUUAUCAAUAUGACUGAUGUUGUUAACUUAAGCGAGGGUGAUAACACGAUCAGUGACGCUUCUGGGGCCGCAUCUUCUAGCUGUGAGGGUCCCAUAGAUUGCCGGGACCCGGAAGUGUUCCAUUUGUUGAUGAGGGCCACCAUUGAAAAGUUUAAGGAUAUUCAUUUUUACCGGUUUGGGAAACCUGCUCAGGGUUCGGAUGAUAACAGUUGUGAUAUGGCUUGGCGGUUUAGGCCUAAGGAAGGGAAGACUGCUUCCUUUUACAAGGAUUACAGGAGGUUUACUAUUUUGAAGUCUGAAAAUUGUACUCUUAGUGUUGGUGACAUUGGAGAGUACCAUACUGGAGUAAAUGCGAGGAAGAGGAAGAAGAAUCAGAAGCCUGGGUUUGAGAAGAAUGGGAAGAAGGAGGUGAAUUCUUUGCCAGUUGUGGGGGAGAUUGUGAAUGAUACCCUUCCGGUGGUUGAGUCUGAAGGUUCAUUUAGUCGUGGGAAGUACUUAGUUUACAUGGGUGGUGGAGAUAGGUGCAAGAGCAUGAACCAUUACUUGUGGAGUUUCUUGUGUGCUUUAGGUGAAGCGCAAUACCUGAACCGAACUUUGGUCAUGGAAUUGAAUAUUUGUCUGUCUUCCAUGUACGCUUCGUCGAAUCAAGAUGAGGAAGGGAAGGAUUUCAGGUUUUACUUUGACUUUGAGCAUUUAAGAGAGUCUGCAUCUGUAUUAGACGCAAAGCAGUUCUGGUCAGAUUGGGAGAAAUGGCAGAAGAAAGAUGGGUUGAAUCUUCAUCUGGUGGAGGAUUUUAGGGUCACACCUAUGAAACUUAAUGACGUCAAGGAUGCUUUGAUUAUGAGAAAGUUCGGGUCCGUGGAGCCAGACAAUUAUUGGUAUAGGGUGUGUGAAGGGGAAACGGAGUCUGUUGUUCAACGACCAUGGCAUUUGAUAUGGAAAUCGAGAAGGUUAAUGGAUAUAGUGUCUGCAAUCUCAUCAAAAUUGAACUGGGAUUAUGAUUCUGUGCAUAUUGAAAGAGGAGAGAAGGCACAUAACAAGGAGCUUUGGCCUAAUCUUGAUGCAGAUACUUCACCUAAUGCACUUCUCUCAACCCUGCAGGACAAAAUUGAAGAUGGAAGGAACCUCUACAUUGCAACAAACGAACCAGAUACAUCUUUCUUUGACCCUUUGAAAGACAAGUAUACCACUCAUUUCCUUGACGAGUACAAGGAUUUUUGGGAUGAAAACAGUGAGUGGUACUUCGACACAACAAAGCUUAACAAUGGAGUUCCAGUUGAAUUUGAUGGUUACAUGAGAGUGUCAGUUGAUACAGAGGUGUUCUUGAGAGGGAAAAAGCAGAUAGAAACAUUCAAUGAUCUCACCAAUGAUUGCAAGGAUGGCAUCAACACCUGCAGCACUGCGACCAGUUAAUCCCCACAGAUUAGUUCGAGACUUUGCCAUUUGCUACAUUGCCGAUAUCCACGUGUACUGUUUAGCUAUUUUUAUGUGUUGCAUUUGAGAAAUUGUAAGCCUCCACUAAUAGUUUUAGCAUUAAGUAGCUUUGUCAUGAGUUUUUUACUUGUAGAAGAAGCAACUAUCAAUAUUUCAUCACUUCGAAUUUUACGAGUCUCAAGUUGAACUUGAGUUUUAUUUGAUGUCAAUCUCUACCCCUCUGUGUAUUGAAUAAUUUCAUAUUGGGUUGUG